AACGGCUCCUCAAAUUAUCUGAGCAUGUUGAUGCAACUUGCAUGGGAAUCAGUGCACCCGGCUACCUGGUGAUUGCGCAGCUUGUUCGUCUGCAUUUCACAAUGGAGGACCUUCCGGAUGCACUUAUUGGAGAGAUCAUCAAGAGGAUUAGCAACACAAGUGAUCUGAGCUCUCUUUCUGUGUCAAAGCGUCUCUACAGAAUUGAAGCAGAGUACAGGUGUUCGAUCCGCAUAGGCUGUAGCCCUCGUCCAGCAACAGAUGCCAUAGUAUCACUGUGUUCUCGAUUUCCCAACUUGUUGAAGGUAGAUAUCGAUUACUCCAGUUGGACACAAGGACAAGGGAACCAGUUGGACAACCAUGCUCUUCAUAUGCUUGCAUCAUACUGCCCUUCACUGAGUGAUCUCACCUUAAGCUUCUGCUCAUACAUUGAUGACACUGGUAUUGGUUAUGUAGCUUCUUGCAUGAAAUUGAUGACCCUGAGGCUAAACUCUGCAACAAGAAUAACAUCGAGGGGGCUUCUCGCUGUGGCUGUUGGUUGCAAGAAUCUAUCUGGUCUCCACCUCAUCAAUUGCAAUAAAAUCAGUGGAGAAUCUGACUGGCUGAAGUAACUUGGCAGUGAUGGAUCAUUGGAAGAGCUCGUGGUAAAGGAUUGUGAUGGAAUCAGCCAGUUCAGUCUCCUAUUGUUUGGUCCAGGAUGGUUGAAGCUCCAGAGGUUUGCGUUCGUGCACAGGAAUCUAUUUAUUUUCAACAUGUUUAAUCCUCAAGAUCCCUCGUACAUACCGAAUUGCCGUUAUAGAUAUGAUUUCUGCAGUGAGAAUUUGAAGGAAUUGUGUUUGGGACGGAUUAUAACCGUUGAUGAAAUUGGACUUUGUUCUGUCCUGGGAAAAUGCAAAUCAUUGGAGAAACUCUGUCUUCAGUUUGUUCUUGGACUAACCGACAGUGACAUAGUUACACUCGCCCAGAACUGCAAAAACCUCAAAAGCAUCUCACUUCAGCUUGAGCCUAUGUUCUGUGAAGAACCUGAAGGUAGGGUUUUCAGGACACCACUGACUGAUGAUAGCCUCAAGGCUCUAGCUCUUGGGUGCCGUAUGCUUCAAGCUGUUGAGCUCACAAUGUUUUCUUGUGAGCCUUCCUAUCCAGAAAUAGGCUUCAGUCAAGAGGGCCUUGUGAUGCUUUUUCAGUCUUGCCCGAUUCGCGAUCUCGUGCUAUGCGGCGCUAAUAUCUUUGAUGACGAAGGGAUGAAGGCCAUCUUAUCUGCGCGUUUCCUGGAGUCACUUGAGCUUAUGGAUUGCAAAGCGAUAACUGAUGCUGGGAUCCGCUUGCAUGCAUAUAGUCCAUCGCUGGUUAACCUCACACUGCGGCAGUGUGACGGUUUUUCUGAUGCUGGUGUCAGUGAGAUCGUUUCUUCACGAAAGUUGAAUUCUCUGAUCAUUGAAGGCUGUAGCCGGGUCUCUCAGAAAGUUGUGCUAGGGGCUGCCAAAUCUGUUCACUGUGAUCAACACUACCCAGGUUAUGGUGAGCUAGAUAGAUCGAGCGUGAAAUCUGGGCUGGAUUUGGUCCCCAAAAUCUUCAGUUGGGUUUGGGACUCCCCCUUAUGAAGUAAGUAUAGUUAAGUAGUUGCUUAGUAGAAAUUGUUCAUGGCUGUUGUUUUGAGUUCUCAUUUUCCUGGACCAUCUUUUGGUUCUCAUAUUAAUGCUGUUCGUGCUUGUAAUGGUGAGGCAUCUGGUAUGUUAAAACCAUGGUAAUGGUCACCAGUAUGGUA